GCUAUAAAUAUCCACUUUUGCAACGUCGUGGAUUCGUCCACAGUCCAACGUUUCGCAACAUUUUUAAAUUUUGUAUUUUGUCGCGGUCUGUAAAUAUAUUUUCUUUGCAGUUAGAUUAAAUAGAUAAUAUUAACUUAAUCAUGACGGAAGAAUGGCGAUUGGAUCAUCGAGCAAGAAAGAGAAUCAAGGAGGUGAAAAAGAAGGCUCGACCAGAAGAGCGAGAGAGAAUUGUCGAGUACCGUUUUCCCCCUGAAACCUUGAAUGAUAGCUCACGGAUAAAACGGCAUGGACUCAGCAUGGCUACUGUAAAAAUUUUCAAAAGUUUUGGGAAUUUGAAGAUAACGCCGAACGAAUCGAUGAAUCCAAUGUGACUAUGGAGGAAUUUGUCAAGAAAUAUGAAAAACCUUACAAGCCUGUGAUAAUACGAGGUGUUCAAAAUGGUUGGAGAGCCCAACACAAAUGGACUAUAGAGAGGUUAGCAAAGAAGUAUCGGAAUCAAAAGUUUAAAUGUGGAGAAGAUAAUGAAGGAUAUAGUGUAAAAAUGAAGAUGAAAUAUUAUGUUCGAUACAUGUUUAACAAUGAAGACGAUUCUCCUUUGUACAUUUUUGAUAGCUCAUUUGGUGAGCAUCCAAGACGAAAAAAGUUGUUAGAAGAUUAUGUAAUUCCUAAAUACUUUCGGGAUGAUCUUUUUCAUCAUGCCGGUGAACAUCGAAGACCACCGUAUCGUUGGUUUGUUAUGGGUCCUGCAAGAUCUGGUACAGGGAUACAUAUAGAUCCACUGGGUACCAGUGCAUGGAAUGCUUUAAUCUCCGGUCAUAAACGCUGGUGUCUGUUUCCUACGCAUACGCCUCGUGAACUUCUGAAGGUAACCGCAAUCGAAGGUGGUAAGCAGAGGGACGAAGCUAUUACAUGGUUUUCCAUUGUAUAUCCACGCACAAAGCUACCUACUUGGCCAAAAGAUUGUCGCCCGAUAGAGAUUAUGCAAACUCCUGGCGAAACUGUUUUCAUUCCUGGUGGUUGGUGGCACAUCGUAUUAAAUUUGGACCAAACUAUAGCGGUCACACAGAAUUUCUGUUCCCGCACCAACUUUCCAGUGGUUUGGCAUAAAACGGUACGAGGAAGACCAAAGUUAUCGCGAAAAUGGUUAAAAGUACUCAACGAUAAAGAACCUGAAUUGGCAAACUUGGCAGAUACUAUAGAUGUGAAAGAAGAUACCGGUGUUGCCAGUGAUUCCUCAAGCGGUUCCUCGAGCAGUUCUUCGAGUAGUACCAGUAGUAGUCAAUCUGAGGAUAGCGAGGAUGAUAGCGGUCAAGAAUCACUUACCGCACACAAAAAGAAAAAGAGAAGAAAAUUGACUAAUAGCCAACUCUGACAAUAUCCAGUAUUUGGAACCUACAGAGACCUCAGACUGUACAGUAUUAACCAACAAUUAUUGUUUGUAUUAAGAAUAAAUAUUAUAAUUAUUAUAAUUAUGAUCAUAUCUUUAUGUUCAUAACAAAAUAAAUAUCAGAUAACACAUA